AUGGUGGUUCAUAGAAUAGAACUAUGCAUAUCUAUGGUUAGAAUGGCCAUAGAGUUUGUUAUGGCAGUUGCAGAAACGGUUGUAAUUGUUCAAGAAAGAAACACCGACCAUUUUGUUCCAUUCAACCGCGGAAGUACUCCUCUUCCUUUUCACGGUUACCUUCGUUGA